GUUUGCCCUUUUUUUGAAAAUGAAAUCAAGAAAAAAAGACGCGAAAUGAAACGAAACUGCGCAAUGGUCCCUGUGUUGACGUAAUACUUACAAGUAGAUAGUACGGUAGUUAGACAAGUUCGAGGAGAUCGGAUCCGCAACGAAGAACAAUUCGUCAUCUGUGGAAAUUACGUUAGAAACAUUUCGAAACCAAAUUACUUUCCAGGAAUAGCACGUGAUUCACAUCGUUCCACAGGAAUAUGGAGUAACAAGAUUAAUUUUCAGAACUGAUUUUUUCAUGCUAUGCUGCCAGUGGUUUAGCAUAUGCCGCUUGAUACAAGCGAUACAUGGAAUAUGAGUACAGCCGGCGGGGGGAUGGAGAGCUUAAUCGCUAACCUUCAGGCUCAGCUGCCCAGUGGGCACAGAAUCGUGACAGCGUUGGAAGCAGGUCUUGUACAGGAGUGGAUCCGCACCAAUCGUCUCCUUGUGCUAGUUGAGAGCUCCACCGAAAGUGCUGUCCUGAUCUAUAUUGUGUCAAAAAAUGUAGCUGAUGAGUUUACUCUGGAAAGAACUAUACCCUUAGACACAGAAUUCAAAUGUGAAAUUGAUACUGCCAGUGCCAACGUUGUCUCUACUGACGUUUUCUUAAAGCUAUCUAGAAAGAAGGUGCGUUUACUGUUUGAGAUGCUCCCUUCCUUCAAAGCAAAUAAAUUUGUGGAAGAAGUUGGAAAAGCUACUGAAGUGGCCAACAAAAAGCGAGCUCCACCAAACUUUUCAUGGUUAGAAGUUUAUAAUCCACAACUUGUUUGGGAGUCUGGUUCAGAUUCAGAACCACUUACAUCGACGGCAGCUGAGACCGAUUCCUCCAACAAUUGCCAUGAUGCAAUUCCCGCUCACUUGAAUCAAAAGGCGGAUUCCGAGUUGUCAAGCCCGGAUGUAACGGCUCACCGAUCUUCAAUAGCCACUGGUGGAGCCACACCCAUCGCUGCAAGGGAGAGUGUCGUAAGGUAUCAGAUGGCUUUAAGGGAAACAGCCUACACCGAUUUGCGCCAGAUUACCAUCUUUUUGGGGACUUACAAUGUCAAUGGGCAGCCACCCACAUCGGGCCUUGCCGAUUGGCUCUCAAUCGAUAAAGAUCCUCCCGAUAUCUAUGCCGUCGGAUUUCAGGAGCUCGAUCUGAGCAAAGAGGCCUUUUUGUUCAAUGAAACUCCUCGUGAAGAGGAAUGGUACCGCGCCGUUUUCCGUGGCCUUCAUCCCAAAGGCAAAUAUCGCAAGGUGAAAUUAGUUCGUCUCGUCGGCAUGAUGCUGAUCGUCUUCAUCCAGGAGAAGCAUUGGGCCUACGUCAGGAGCGUUGCCUCCGAAGUUGUCGGUACCGGACUCAUGGGCAAAAUGGGCAAUAAAGGUGGUGUGGCAAUUCGUUUUGACUUGCACAAUUCAUCGAUUUGCUUCGUCAAUAGUCACUUGGCCGCUCACACUGAAGAAGUGGAACGGCGUAAUCAAGAUUACCUCGACAUUUGUAAUCGACUGGUAUUUUCAACAACUUUCCCAAGCAAGUUCAUUAAGGACCACGAUCAGGUUUUCUGGAUUGGUGACCUUAAUUAUCGCCUUUCUGGCGAUUUGGACCUUUUGCGUGUCAAAGAAUUGUUGGACCAGAAUAACCACCAGGCUUUACUGCAGUACGACCAGUUCCGCGCCCAGCACGCUGCUCACAAAAUCUUUAUUGGCUACCAGGAAGGUCCUAUACAAUUCCGUCCGUCAUACAAGUAUGACCCGGGAACUGACAACUGGGACACAAGCGAAAAGAAUCGAGCUCCAGCCUGGUGUGACCGGUGUCUUUGGAAAGGCGACAACGUUCAAGUGAAGGACUACCGCAGUCACCCUGGGCUGCGUAUGAGCGACCACAAGCCCGUCUCGUGCUUUUUGGAUUGUGGUGUCAAGAUCAUCGAUACGGUCCGCUACCGAAAGAUUUACGAAGAGGUCAUGAAGAAACUGGACAAGUUAGAGAAUGAAUUUCUACCUCAAGUCAGCGUUGAUUCGACCGAAAUCAACUUUGGUAAAGUGUCAUUCAAUGAAGGUGCUACCAAAGUACUGACGGUCGCCAACACGGGACAAGUGCCUGUUCAGUACGAAUUCAUUAAGAAACAUCGCGACUCAAACUAUUGCAAACCUUGGCUGGCCUGUGAGCCUUACACGGGAUUCCUGAUGCCCGGUGACAAUUCCUACAUCACCCUGGAAGUAUUAGUUGACAAACGGACAGCGUGGAGUCUCAACAGUGGGUUAGAUGAGCUCUACGACAUAUUGGUGCUUCAUUUGGACGGCGGCAAGGAUAUUUUCAUUACCGUUAGCGGCCAGUACCAAAAGAGCUGCUUUGGCUGUUCGAUCGAAGCCUUGAUCCAAAUGCAUCAGCCCAUUUCGCAGGUACCGCCUGAAACCGUGUGCCAGUACGAAAAGGCCGCCUAUCCAUCGGUGGACCCUGGAAACGAUUCGGAUUCCAAACAACCCGUUUUAGCAGUGCCAAAGGAACUCUGGUUUAUUCUUGACGAGCUCUACCGUCGAGGAAUGGACACGCCUGGUUUGUUUGAACAACCGGGACUGUCGUCCGAGAUAGCAGCCAUUCGGAGGACUCUAGAUGAUAGUUUGCCCGAUACACUCCCAGGAAGUGUUCACUCGGUGGCCGAGUCGCUCCUCAUCUUUUUAGAGACUUUGAAAGAACCUAUUAUUCCGUUUGGAUGGACCCAGAAAGCCUUGGAUGGAUGCACGGCUUUCACGUCCUGCAAAAUGGUCUACACCAGCCUACCGCUCUCUCACCAGCACGUCUUCAAACACAUCAUCAGCUUCUUGAAGGAGGUUUUAUUGCACAGCAACAAGAACGGAUUGGACGCCAAGACGCUGGUGGCGCUUUUUGGUAGCGCAAUGAUCCGCCUUCCGCCUCCCAAAUACCCGUUAGGUUCUUCAAUUAGUUUGUCGCAAAACCAGCCACACCUGGAUCGCAAGCGAACCACGUUUAUUCACCACUUCUUAGUCAACGACUUGGAUGAUUGAUCCAUAUUUCAACUUAUUCCAAACACACUUUAAUUAUUAUUUUUUUUUCUUUUCUUUGUUUUGUAUUUUUCUUUUUCUAUUCUAAUUUUUCCCCUCCUUAUUAGGUCAAACAAUUUCAAAGCGAUAGUGUGCGAAAUUUAGUUUUCAAUUUAGUCCCUGACUUGGAGAAAUAUCGGACGAGAUUGCAGCAGCUUGUAAUAAUUUAAAUCCAGAAUCGAUUUAUUUACUGUAUGUAUAUAUCGACACAAACCGGAUUGAGUGGCAACCUUCAAUACCCAAUCGUGUUUGCUUAAUAGUUCUUUACCAUAAUAAUUAACAGCUACUAAUAUAAAAAUUCCUGUUAUUUCCACACAAACCAAACUUAACCGACCACUAAUAUGUUCACAUCCUCUAGCUCUCCAUGCUCCACAAUUUUGUUUUCCAGGCUCCGGCUCUAGCUCAGGCUCCCAUCCGAAAAUACUUCAUUUUUGUUCAUCGUUUUUUCCCCUUUUAAUUCUUCCCUGUUUUGCCAUGUUCGCUAAACAAUUAAUUUUUUUUCUCCAUGUCUCCCGCGGUGUAUGCGUGUGAUUGGGUUACACUAAUUUCGUGUCUGUGCAAUCGA